UUAAAAUAUGAACAAGUCUACUACCUGUUGAAAACAAUAUACACAUUUUGCAAAUAAAAGAUUAUGGCGGCAAACAUUUCAAUUAGGUCCAAAGCUGAAUGGAGGAUGGGUGAAUGGAUAGCUGACUAAAGCAGUUUUAGAUACUAUGGAAGUAAAGUAGAUAACAUACUAGGAGUCACACUAAUCGAUACCAAAAGAAAUACUCUCAACACAAGUAUCGUCCUCCAGUCAUUGAAACAUCAAGUCCGUAACUAAAUAAUAGGUAUUGAACAUCAACUAUUGCCCUACUAUUCUAUUAUUACAACGCAAAGUUCAGUUAUUAUUAUGCAUCCCGGCAACUGGAUUUUCUGCUUUCUAUUGCUGAACUAUAAUGCAAUACAAUAUUCAUUCUGGAUUGACUUAACAUAAACUGGAGACCAUCAUAUCAGACAAACUUUAUUUACUUUUACCAAAUGAACUUCAACAGCAAUUAGGCUUAUAUCUACUAAAAGCCAAACAAAAGUUAGCAACAUACAAUGUGUGAAUUUUUAAAAAGGCUACAACUAAGCUGGCUAGUGAUCCACUAAUUAAAUGUAAUUUAAUUACAAUUGUCAUUUUUUUCUAAUGCAAGAUCCUUUCAAAAUGAGUUUACCACGAGCAAAUACAACUCAGGAUAUCAAACAGCAGCACCUCAAAGAGGUAACACCAGAAAACAGAUCGAAGACACCGCUUUUCACAAUCGAGGAGACUGGUCAGUCGGAUAAUCAUUCUGACGGACAGCCAGAUGGACAGAUGCCUAAAGAUAAAACUCCUUCGGAGGUGACCAAGAAGGAGCAGCCUGUCAGGAUCACUAGCGGGUCGUCAAGUGGUAUAGGCAGUAAAAGUUCGGAUUUGUCAGACACAUCAUCAGAAGGUUCAGCGGCAGCCAAGAAUGCUGGAGGCGUAGAACUCAGUCUAUUGACUUUGUGUAAGAAAGGAGAUUGGCUUUCCGUAGAGAAAAAACUAAAGUCAGCGCCUUUAAAAUCCCUAAGCAAACAGAUAGUAGAAAAAGAUGAGAUUACUGGUCUAACUCCCCUUAUUUUGGCAGUUCAAGAAAACAGGUUAAACAUUGUGGAAGGACUUAUUGACAAAGGCGCAGAUGUAAAUGAUCUCCUAGUGGAUGGAAGAACAGCUUUACAUUUUGCUGCAGCGAGUUCCAGGGAUGACACAGUCCGAACACUCUUGGCUAAAAAUGCUAACCCACUUGUAACCGGCGGUCCACUUAACACGUAUCCAUUACAUUUGGCAUGUGCAAGAAGCUCGGGUGCAUUGUCCAUAACCAAGCUAUUACUGACUGCCAUGGGGAAAGAUGCCAGGACAGUUAAAGAUAAGGAUGGUAUGAUUCCAUUACUUAUGGCCGUAGAAGCAGGAAAUGUAUUAGUUAUCAAGGAGUUAUUGACGCAGAAUGGCCAAGCCCAAAUCACAUGUCGUAGAACUGAUACUGGAGAUACUGCUUUACAUCUGGCUUGUAGGAAAAAAGAUUUGGAGACAGUGAAGUUGCUAGUGGAUGCUGGGAUAAAUUUAGAUUUGAAAAAUAAAGAUGGUCAAACUGCUGUCCAUAUAUCGACAUGGGAAGGGGAUGAGAAUGUUCUUAGAUAUCUUUAUUCUGUUGGAGCUAAUUUCAAUGUUCAAGAUAAGCUGGAACGUAUGCCCUUACAUAUAGCUGCUGAACGAGGUCACACUGAUUUAGUAGAGUUCUUGAUCUCUCAUUGCAAGGCAACUCUGACAGACAGAACACAAGAUGGCAGCACACUGAUACACAUUGCAUCUAAAUAUGGGCACCCUGAAACUGCUUUGGCUUUUCUUAAGAAAGGAGUCCCACUACUAAUGCCAAACAAAGAUGGAGCCAUCUGUCUGCAUGUAGCUGCUAUGAUGGGUCACACUGCAGUGGUCAAAGCACUCAUAGCCAAAGGAGCUGCAGUAAAUGCCACAACUAAGGAUGGUCAGACAGCUCUACAUUUGGCAGUCAAAUUCAGAAAGCCACAAGUAGUUCAGGCCCUUAUAGGAAGUGGUGCUCAAGUAGAAACUAAAGGAGGAGAACAUAUGGAAACACCAUUACACAUUGCUGCAAGAACUGAAGGUGGAGAGAAAUGUGCUGAAAUGUUGUUUAAAAGUGGUGCAGAUGUGAAUUCCACAAGAGAAAAUGGAGAAACAGCUCUUCAUGUAUCAGCUAGAUAUGGUGGCCUGAGUGUUCUCCGAUCAUUACUUCGAGAAGGUGCUAAUCCCAUGCACCAAUCAAAAGCUGGAGAGACAGCACUUCACAUAGCUACUCGGCAUUGUCAUCUGGAUAUUGUAAAAGAAUUACAAGAGUUUGUCUGCCAGAAGAGAUCCCUCCAUGAUGCUAUCACUUUAGCCAAUCAGCAAAAUGUUGAAGGGGAAGCCCCCAUUCACUGUGCUGCAGAAAUAAAAAAGAGCCAAGCCCACAAUGAGUUUGAAGACACAGAUCUUGUUAGACUUAUACUUAGCUACAAUGCUAAUGUCACCUACACAACUAAAUUGACACAAGAAAGUUGCCUUCAUUAUUGUGCUAGAUCAGGCAAUGCUGAUAUCAUGCUAGAAAUUGUGAAACAUUUAGGACCACAGAUUCAAAGUAUAGUCAACAAACAAUCAAGGAAUGGUCAAUCUCCUUUACUUGUUGCAAGUGAACAAGGUCACUUAGAUAUUGUAAAAAUACUAUUAAAAAAUCAAGCCAGAGUAGAUAUUUUUGAUGAGCAUGGUAAAACUGCCCUACAUCUAGCAGCUGAAAAUGGUCAUGAGCAAGUGGCUGAUAUGUUAUUGUACCAAAAAGCUUUUGUCAAUGCCAAAUCUAAACAUGGGCUGACACCUCUUCAUUUGGCUGCAUCUAAUGGAAAUGUAGCUCUAGUCAAACUUUUAAUAGAGAAACAUGGAGCUACUAUAGAUGCAUUGACUUUGGCCAAGAAGACAUCACUUCAUAUGGCAGCUCAGAAUGGUCAGAAAGAAGUUUGUGCAGCUUUAAUUAAAAUGAAGGCAGAUACUAAUGCCACUGAUGUACAAGGGCAAACCCCACUACACCUAGCAGCUGAGAAUAAUCAUUCUGAUGUAGUGAAACUGUUUUUGAAACACCGUCCUGAACUUGUUACAAUGGCAAAUAUUAAUGGUAUGACUUGUGCACAUAUUGCUGCAGCUAAAGGCAGUGCAGCUGUGAUAAAGGAACUCAUGAGGUUUAACAAAACUAUUAUUACAACUGCUAGAAAUAAGACUAAUGAUUCUACAGCACUUCAUCUGGCUGCUGAAGGUGGCCAUGCUCAGGUUGUGAAAAUUUUAUUAGAAGCUGGAGCUUCAGCAUUGGAUGAGAAUGCUGAUGGAAUGACUGCCUUACAUUUAGCUGCCAAACAUGGACAUAUAGAGACAAUGAAUGAAUUGAAGAAAUACAUCCCACUUAGAACUGCUAGCGAAAAGACUGGACUUACAGCUCUUCAUGUGGCUGCACAUUUUGGUAAAGCUGAUUUUGUGAGAGAAAUGUUAAUCAAUGUAUCAGCCUGUGUCAAGUGUGAGGCUCCUGUUUCUUUAGCAUUUGGAAUUCAGUGGUCAUCUGAGGCUGGAAUGACUCCUCUUCAUUUUGCUGCCCAAUCUGGUCAUGAGGGUCUUGUCAGAAUCUUGCUUAAUUGUCCAGGAGUUCAGACAGAUUCAUCUUCAAGUGUUACAGGAUCUAUCCCACUGCACUUGGCUGCUGGCAAUGGUCACACCUCUGUGGUCAGUUUACUUUUGAGCAAGUCAACAUAUCAAAUUCACACAAAAGACAAAAGAGGUAGAACAGCAUUGUUAAGAGCAGCUGCUAAUGGACACUUGGAAAUGUGCGCUCUGUUGAUAGGUCAAGGUGCUGACAUCAAUACAUCAGAUAAAAAUGGGUUCACAGCUCUUCACUUUGCUAGUAGUGCUGGGUACCUUAAUGUUGUCAAACUAUUAGUAGAGUCUGGAGCAUCUCCCAACAUUGAGACCAAAGAUGGUAAAGUUCCCAUUACAUUUGCCACAUCAGCCAAUCAUAUAGAUGUUUUAAGCUUCUUGAUGAAACGGGAUCACAAUACAAGACUGCUUAUGGAGGAUAAAAAGUUUGUAUUUGAUUUGAUGGUAUGUGGACGAAUGAACAACAACAAAUGUUUAGAAGAAUUUAUUCUUUUAUCUCCUGCUCCUGUAGACACAGCAGCAAAACUAGCUAGAAGCUAUCAGCUACAGGCCAUCAAAGAAAAAGAAAGAUCCAGAGAUCUUGUAGCAGCCAGCACAUAUUGUGAGGCAAUGGCAGUUGAGUUGACAGCAAUCGCCUCCAAUGUCAGCAGUGCCAGAAAGUUACUUAAAGCCUUAGAUCAUCAUGGCACACCAUUUCUAGAUGUACUCAUUGAUAUGGAGCAAAAAGAGGUUGUUGCUCACCCAGCAGUUCAAAAGUAUCUCUCUGAUGUUUGGAUGGGAGAACUACGUUGGGCUAACUGGAAAAUUGUUAUGUUGUUUUUUACUUUACUGUUCAUUCCUCCGGUUUGGGUUUUGUUUUCACUGCCCUCUAGACAUAGAUUUAAUAAGGUGCCUAUUAUCAAGUUCAUGACUUACUUGGUUUCACAUUUCUAUUUGAUGAUCUUGUUCAGUCUGGUUAUAGUUGCUCCAUUAGUGCCUAUCUAUCUUUCCACAUCUCUCAUUCCUCACUGGUAUGAGUGGAUUUUACUGGCAUGGUUGUCAGGGCUACUAGUCUCUGAGCUUACCAACCCAGGUGAUCGGCAGGGUUUAGGAUGGAUACGAACAGUUAACCUUGGCAUAUGUGCUAUUGCCAUAUUUUGUCAUCUUCUUGGAGCUGCUUUUGAAGAUGAAGAUCGCAUGCAAAUGUUGUACAUUAGGAACCAAUUCAUGGCCUGGGCAUUACUGUUAACAUUUGUCCAGCUUUUAGAAUUUCUAAGCUUUCAUCAUUUGUUUGGACCUUGGGCUAUCAUCAUUAGAGAUCUGAUAAAGGAUCUUGUUCGUUUCCUAGUCAUUCUUCUUAUAUUUAUGAUUGGCUUCACACUUCAUCUGACAGCCAUCUACCAGCCUGUGUUUAGUCCUACAGAAAGUCAAGAGGUUGGAACUGCCUUUGUUUCUCCUCCAUCACUUACUCCCCUUGACACUUUUGAAUUUUUAUUCUUUGCUUUGUUUGGCCUAACUGAUCCAAACAGUUUCCCACCAUUUGACAGAAGUCCAAUGUGGACCACAAUCCUGUUGAAAGUUGUAUUUGGUACAUUCAUGAUGAUCACAUUUAUUGUUCUGAUCAACCUGUUGAUUGCUAUGAUGUCAGACACUUAUCAACGUAUACAGCAACAGUCUGAUGUGGAAUGGAAGUUUGGUCGAGCAAAGCUGAUUAGAAAUAUGAACAAGACUUCAGCUACACCUGCACCACUCAAUCUGUUCACAAAGCCGAUAUUUUAUUUGAAACUUGCUAUCAAGCUUAAAUGCAAGCUGUGGAGUCCCUUAGCUUCAACUUACCUUAAUGAUGAAGACCAUGACACCAUGUCAGAUUCACGUUCCAUGGAUAAUCUUGGAGGAUCCAGUUAUAAAUUAUGGAAACGUAAGAGCACAGUUGAACCAAUGGAGCCCCAAAUACAACAUGCUCAGAAUUUGGAAGAUGUUGUGGACUGGAAGCUAGUCACCCAUCGCUACAUGGUCAUGCAAGGAGCUGUUGAUCCUGAGAUUGAAGCUUCAAAAGGUUUUAGAACUUUUGGCAUGGAUGCACUGGAAGAACAAAUGACUGCUUCUUUUCACCCCAAUGACAGAAACAUGCUUUGAUUCUACUGGAUGCUUCCUUUUACAUUAUUUAUAUAUUAUUUAUUUUAUGCUUGUAGAGAAAGUUUUUCAAAUUGUAUAUUUUUUUCUAUGAAAAUUUUGUAAGUCAAGAAUAGACACAAAACUGUUUUAGAGGGGAUUUAAUUACUUACUACACAUGAUGACUGUACUGAUGUUUUAACCAAAGUAAUAUAAGUAGGCUUUUAAAUUCGUAUCUUGAAAAACUAUUCCCAAGUGAUCAUCACAGCCAAGAAAUGAGAAAAAGAAAAUAUGUAUUUGAUACUAAAAUACUAUUUGUUUAUUUAGUCUGAUAAAUGCUUUAUUUACUAUUGAGCUACUAAUUGGCAAGGAGAGAUUUUGAGUGAUGACAGUCUGAACUCUUCUUAAUUUCAUAAUGAAGAGUAAUCAUUAAGCAUUAAUGAACCAUUCUAAUGUAGCUCCUUUGAAGACAAAGCUAAUAGGAAUUUCUCAGCAAUGUAGACUGACCUGUUAUUUUUCCAUUUUUAUUUUUUUGUUUAAAUUUUCAACUCUUUAUAAGUUGUUAUGAAAAAAAAUUAUGUAAUUUAUGUAAUGUUAUAUUUGAUGUAUAGAGAUUUCACAUAAUGUAUAAUCGUCAUUUCAGUACAUUUUAAAUGUUGUAACAUUUUUACAAAGCAAAAAAUAAUAAUAAAG